AUGGCGGCGCCGGGGGGCCGCAGGCCGGACUUCCCCUCCUCCUCGCCGGGGCAGGUGCCGGGGCCCUCCCCCUCCUCUGCUGCCGGCGGCAGGAGGCUGCUGCGGACCCAGACGGUGGGCAACAUGGGGGAGUCCAUCUUCGACAGCGAGGUGGUCCCCUCCUCGCUCGUCGAGAUCGCGCCCAUCCUCCGCGUCGCCAACGAGGUCGAGGCGGGGAACCCGCGCGUAGCAUACCUCUGCCGCUUCUACGCCUUCGAGAAGGCGCACCGCCUCGACCCGACCUCCAGCGGCCGCGGGGUGCGCCAGUUCAAGACGGCGCUGCUGCAGAGGCUCGAGCGGGAGAACGACCCAACGCUCAAGGGGAGGGUGCACCAGAGCGACGCCAGAGAGAUGCAGAGGUUCUACAGAGAGUACUACAAAAAGUACAUACAGGCGCUGCAGAACGCGGCAGACAAGACGGACCGCGCCCUGCUCACCAAAGCGUACCAGACCGCAGCUGUACUCUUCGAGGUCUUGAAAGCAGUCAACGUCUCGCAAUCUGUUGAAGUCGAUCAGGCGAUCCUCGACACGCACAACAAAAUCGAGGAGAAGAAGAAGCUCUACGUUCCCUACAACAUCCUGCCACUUGAUCCUGAAAGCACCGAUCAAGCCAUUAUGCAAUAUCCAGAGAUUCAAGCCGCGGUUUACGCCCUUCGGAAUACUAGGGGCCUGCCAUGGCCAUGGCCCAAGGACAAGGACAAUGAAAACAACCCUCACGACAAGAAGAAGAAGAAGCCCGACGACGAGAAGAAGACUGAUAAAGAUCUCCUUGACUGGCUUCAGGCCAUGUUUGGAUUCCAGAAAGAUAAUGUAUCCAACCAAAGGGAACAUCUCAUACUGUUACUAGCAAACGUACACAUAAGGCAGAUACCCAAGCCUGAACAGCAGUCCAAGUUGGAUGACAGGGCUCUGGAUGCUGUAAUGAAGAAGCUAUUUAAGAGUUAUAAGAUGUGGUGCAAGUACCUCGGCCGCAAAAGCAGUUUAUGGUUGCCAACUAUCCAACAGGAAGUCCAACAGCGAAAGCUUCUCUAUAUGGGUCUCUACCUUUUAAUUUGGGGUGAGGCGGCUAACUUGAGGUUCAUGCCAGAGUGUCUAUGCUACAUCUAUCAUCAUAUGGCUUUUGAACUCUAUGGUAUGUUGGCUGGAAACGUAAGCCCAAUGACGGGUGAAAAUGUUAAACCAGCUUAUGGCGGUGACGAUGAGGCCUUCUUGAUGAAAGUUGUGACUCCAAUAUACAGAGUUAUAGAGGAGGAGGCUCUCAGGAGCAAGACAAUGAAAUCUAAACACUCACACUGGAGGAACUACGAUGAUCUCAACGAGUACUUUUGGAAAAAUGAUUGUUUCCGUCUUGGAUGGCCCAUGAGAGCUGAUGCAGAUUUUUUCAAAACUCCCAAAUUUGCUUAUCCUAAUCGCCUGAAUGGAGAGGAAAGAUCUGCUGGCAGUGUCCAUUGGAUGGGAAAGAUUAAUUUUGUUGAGAUCCGUUCAUUCUGGCACAUAUUCCGUAGUUUUGAUAGAAUGUGGAUCUUCUUAAUUUUAUCCUUGCAGGCCAUGAUUAUUAUUGCAUGGAAUGGUGGCACACCAAGUGAUAUCUUUGACGUUGGAGUGUUCAAGCAGGUUUUGAGCAUUUUUAUAACUGCUGCUGUUUUGAAGUUGGGUCAAGCAACCCUGGACAUUGUAUUCGGCUGGAAAGCAAGAAGAAGCAUGUCAUUUGCAAGAAAGCUGCGAUAUGUCUUGAAGUUAGUAUCAGCUGCUGCAUGGGUUGUGAUUUUACCUGUGACUUAUGCAUAUUCCGGGGGAAGUCCUUCGGGUCUCGCAAGAAUAAUAAAAGGUUGGCUUGGCAAUGGUCAGAAUCAGCCUUCAUUGUAUAUUUUGGCUGUUCUUAUAUACUUGGCGCCAAACAUGCUUGUGGCCAUGCUAUUUAUUUUCCCAUUUAUCAGAAGGUCUCUUGAGAGUUCAAAUCUUAAGGUUGUAACUUUCAUGAUGUGGUGGUCCCAGCCUCGGUUAUUUGUUGGCAGAGGAAUGCAUGAAGGCGCAUUCUCCCUCCUGAAGUAUACCAUGUUCUGGAUUAUCCUUUUAGCAAUGAAAUUGACAGUGAGCUUCUAUAUUGAGAUCAAGCCUCUGGUACAGCCAACAAAAGAUAUAAUGAGAGAACCGAUCCGGACAUUCCAGUGGCAUGAGUUUUUCCCUAAUGGAAAUAACAAUAUUGGUGUUGUCAUCGCACUUUGGGCUCCAAUAAUUCUUGUCUAUUUCAUGGACACCCAGAUUUGGUACGCAGUUUUCUCUACAUUGGUUGGAGGUAUCUAUGGGGCUUGUCGUCGACUUGGCGAGGUUAAUAAUACAUCUGUGGCAGAAUUCUACCAGCUCCAUAUGCAUGUAUGGUAG